AUUACGGGCCAGUUGACCUUGAUGGGCGUCCAGUUGUUAUGGAUACUCAUGCGGUGCAUACAAAUAGAGUGUAGUGUACAAGCAUUCUUGGUCGUAGUACUUGUUUUAGCAGGUGGUAGAAGACUUAUUUCGACAAUAUAUUUUCCAUUUUGGGAGAAUUUUAGAUAUAAAAAUGGCGGAGAAACCUCCACAACCGAGUGGCAAGGCGCUGGCUGGAUUCAACUUUGUUGCAAAUGAUCAAGUUUGGAAGGACCACAUCAGAUAUGAAGAAACUGCAUCAAAACGUUGGCCAGAGUACUGGGGUUUUCUUGGCGGUAAUUACAGAGAUCUUGUGAAAGACGACUUUGUGAAGCGUGAGGUAAAGAAGAUAGAACUCCCUCCUCCAUUGGUCCUCCCUCCGAUCACCCCAAUCUCCAGGUAUAUCAAGGUUGACCCCUCUCCUAAACCCUUCCCCCAGACCACUGCAGGAAAGAUCGGAUGGAGAUCAUCCGAACGGCAGCACUCGCUUGAAAUCUACGGCAGUUACGCCCGACCCAAGGGAGGUCUGAUCAGCCAACUGAACUGGCCACCCGAGGGCGUCUUAUAAAGGAGUCAUCUCACAUUGUGCACUUGCCAUUGUCUGUGACCCUACCUGUUUAGACUUUACAGAUUACCAUGUGUGUGCGUGUGUGUGGUCACCAUGAUGUCCCAGCAAAGACGUUUCUUGUAUGACAUUGCAUGAUGGGAUGACAUUGUCCAUGCAACAUACAACAAAAAUAAACUAUGCAUCAGAUGAGGCUAAAUUAUAGGAACGGAUGUCUCUUUUGGAUGGUUUGUGUCCACUUAGUGUACAAGCAGAUGGUCUAAUUUAUCAGAUCGUCAAACAUCAUUGCUAAGCACACUUGGUCUAAUAACAAUUUGGUCCAAACAUCUCUUAGUCUAAUACUUGGUCUAACAACCAUAUAAUCUAAUAUUACCCAGAUGGUCUCAUUUUUACUUGUCUAUUUAUUAUUUUGCACAUAGACAAAUGAAAUUUAGACCAAGUAGAUAUUGGUCGGAAUGGGUAAAGCCUAACUGGGCCGCCGGUAAAUGACAAUUAGACCAAAUGGUUCGUAGAUGAACCAGGAUUAGACUAUGUUUGAUGAGACCAUAUGGAAAGUAGACAAAGUGUGUAUACUUCAAGAGGCAAUGUAUCUCAUGAAUCAGUAUAGUAUCAUUCAGGGUUUAUUACAUGUUAACUGAUGGUGAAGUAUUAGUGUUGAUGAAAGAACCAGUCACUUUGUAUUCAAUCAAUCUGAGACCUUUUUAAAGGGUCAUAUAUUUCAUUAGUUCCAGGAUUUACCUUAUUUCAAAAUCUUGUAAAAAAAAAUUGCUUACGAAAACAUUUGUUUUGUUUUUAUUUUUUGUAUUCUGUAUUGUCAAUUGACACCUGUAAUCAUACAUGUAUGUUCCAUACACUUUCAUAGGCAAUGUAAUUCUAAAUAAUUUUGAUGGGCAAAAGAAUUGCUAUAGGAUAACUUGAGUAUUCAAAACUGCUUCUGUGCGAUUUACUGGGAUUUCAUGGCCAUAUGCAGUGAGGGGACGGGGGGAGGCAGUUGCCCUCCCCCCAAAAAAAUUGUAAAAACUUUUCUUACUGAAGAUUUUCACAAAAUUCACCCAAAGUAUACACAUAUUCCAUCAAUUUCACUUUACAAAAUCCAAAAGCGACUCAAUGGCAAGCUCGGUCACUUCACUCCCUCACUUUUGAGUUUUUUUCCAUUGCUGCCCCCCCCCCCAGGAAAUUUUCUGUAUGUGGCCAUUUGGGAUUUGGUGAUUGGAAUUUCAGCUCUUAAUGAGGUAUUCUUCAAUCCUUUAGUAUUUUGUACUUUAAAAGGCAAACCAGGAAGAGAAACAAGCCACAUUUCAACAUGAUUAUCUCCAGGUGUCCUGUUUACCAUCUCUACAUAGUCUAUCCUAGUCUGUAUCAGGAAGCAGUCAUAAGGUGGUAGAGUAGUUUUGGAUUGAUGAUGAUUUCACAGCCUUCAAGAUCAAACAAAUGCAUUGCUGUCGUUCUGCCCUAGUACUUAUCUAGUCUCCUGCUGAUUGUCAUCCAUAUCAAAUCCUUAGUUCCUAUCCCUGAUUACCAAGUUCUUUGCCAUAAGCCAUUGUGAUGUGACUCAUCGUCAGUUGAAUAAGGUUUCAUUGCAGGUUAUCAUCAUUUUUUGUAUUUAUUUUGUUAUGAUCAUUUUGUAUGAAGACCUUGAUACAAUAUUCUUAAAUAAUCCCCCCCUCCCGACUUCUCUUUAUCCAUUUAUUUUGGGAGGUUAGAAUUUGAGUGAGGAAUCAUUCAUGUAUCAAAUCUGAUACUAACCCUGAUAUGCACAAUCUAUGUACAUGUAUAUUCUGACAUUUCUAAACAAAACAUUGAUAAAGAAAUAGUAAAGAGUAAAGUUUUAGUCAUGUAUUCAGAGUAAAAUAUGUACACAGUUGUAGAUCCUGGUAGGGGUGUGAGGGGCGCACACCCGGGACAUGCACCCCCUCUGUUUUUAAGAAUCCCUAACUGAACAUGCAUAUUAAUAUAGCUUAAAUCUAAGAAAAAUGUCAUCUGUACACCCACUUUUUUCAGGUUUGCUCUUUGCGCCGCCUGUGUUUUGAAGUCACGGAUACACCACUUUGUAUGAUAUUAUUUGUUAUCAUAGAAUGUCAAAGUGAAAAAAAAAGUAUUGUGAGUGAAAUGUAUGUAUGCUGUCAGUUAAUCACCAUACACAUAUACUUCAUAGAUGAUAUUAUAUUCUUUAGUAAUAGUACACAUCACUAUGCAAUUCUACAUCACAUCUGAUGAAGAGAACUAUGUACAUUAUGAACCUGGAAAUCAGAGUUUAAUGUUUAAAAGUGCACGCUUUGUACCAUGUAUGCAAUUUACUUGGAAGUCUACAUUUAACAAAUGCUGCAAGACCUGAAUAUGUUUCUACCCCCCCCCCCCAAAAAAAAGGGGGUAGGGUUUUUCCUGAACUUAUACAUGCGUGGUUGAUACAAGACUAGUAUGGUGUGUUAAUGUCAGUUUGUUCUGUCUAGAGCAUGAUAAAAUUAUAAUAAAAAUAUGCAUGAUAUAAGUAAUUGGAGUGUAGCAGAAUACAUACAUGAUAAUGACAUCAUUUUAUGUAACAAUUUGCCUACCUUUAUACAUACUGUAUAGACAUGCUUAUCAAAGUUAAUGGAUGCAAUGGCAGAAAUAUUUGACUAUGUGGUUUUCAAUGAUUAUCCUUUUUAUGAUUAAAGACAAAUCCUUUUAUUUAUUAAUAUUAUUAAUACAUUUAUUCAAUUAGUUAUCAGUAUAUAUCCAUUGUUGGUCCUGCAUGAAAGCAAACUGUGGUUAUUUCAUUAAUGGAAGGUCAUUGUAUACCCUCUUUAUUAGUGAAUGUUCUGCUGGUAGAAAACAUGAGAUAAUUCCCCAUCCCACCCUAUGCGGAAAAAAAAUGGUUGGUUUUAUUCUUCAAAAUUGCUAUUGCCAAAUAAGAAGCCAAAUUAAAUACAUGUAUUUAACAUUUCCAAACUUUCUCGUCUUUCCCAAAAGAAAUAUGAAUACAUAUAAAUCUGGAUAUAUAUUUACAGAUAUCCAUGAAUCUGUAUCUUUUUUUAAAAACAUAUUUAAUGUAUCUGGUACUUCAUAUGUCAUUGCAAAUAUCUGCCAGCUUUACCCAAGAGGUCUCAUAAAUUUUCACCUCGACCACUUAUAUUUUAUGACAGUGAUUUUAAUCACAGAACUCUCACUUCAUAAAAUCAUCAAUCCUGAAAAUAUUGAGGUAGGCAGGCGUAUAAACAAAUAAAAUAAAAACAUCUGCCUGGUUCGUGAUAUAUCAUCAAUUACUGCGAUUAUGCUAAUAGCUAAAGAAUGAGUGAACUUUUAUUGCUUUUUACAAUGUUUUAUAAAUCGUGACGUAUUUUUUAUAAGAGGUGUGUUACAAUGCUGGUUCGUUGUAACGUUUACAUUACAACGUCCACGUUGGAUGGUUUCAAUCAUUGAAACGCAAAUUGUGAGGAAAAUAUACAUAUUUGGGGAUUGGGAUUUUGUAAACAAAUAAGGGCAUUUUUGCAGAUAGAAUCAAAGAGCUUAUGCAAUUCGAUAAGGGAAUUUUCUUAAUUGUCCUUUGCGUUUGCAAUAAAGUAUUUUAAUUAAUAGAAUAGUGGUUUAUCAAUUUAUUUAAUGUUCAUUGUGUCUUAAAUUGUUUGAUUUGAUAUGUGCCGUUGAUUUUGUUCUAAAAAUAUUUUCAGGCUUUCUUUUUGUUUUUAAAAUAUCACUGUUGUGCAAAAGAAAAAUAUCUUGUUAUAUCUCUUCAGCGGGCUUUGAGGAGAAAUGUUUUUAUGAAUGAAUAAAUCAGUGACGCCGUCCAUCAAAAUAUA